AUGGUGAUUCCCAUCCAGUCGCGCCUUCGCGACAUGUCGCUCACCAAAGCGGCCGUGUUGGCUCCCGUGGCCAGUACCGACCCAGCACAAGUCUGCUUCAGCUGGAGUGGCAGCUCCUACGACUGCUCCCCCAUGUCCAACCCAUCGGCACCACCACCGACCCCCAGCGACUCUCUACUGGACCUCAACCCGCGCAAAACCUCUUUCUCCAGCGAGCUGGGCAUGGGUGCCGCCUGCGCCUUUCCCUCCUGGCCCAACCGCCCAUCACUAUCGCGCAGCGAGUCUCCGGACUCGUUCUCCAAUGCCUAUCUCUCAGACGAGGAUCUACUCUGGAUGCCUACUUCCUCAACCGCCACCUCCCCCAACAGCGCGAUCGAGGACGCGCCCUGCAAAGACGCCCUCGCCUUCCCGGCCUCCAUGAACAUGGAGCAGCAGCUUGAGCGCAUCCGCGCCGCUGCCGCCGAGGAAGAAGACCGCGCCCGCUUCUUGGCCAAGGUCGAAGCACAUGCCCGCGCCACCCAGGCCCUGCGCAUGGCAAAGCUGGCCAUCAUCAACGAGCGCGAGACGGCCUCGACCAAGCGCAAGAAGCGUCGCGCCGUGGCCACGCUCAGCAAGCGGCGCGCUCACUCGUCAUCGGCCAAGGUGACGGCACAUGCCUAA